AUGAACACCGAUGAAUAAACCUUGGCCUUUGAAUUCCUAAUUGAUCAGUUCCUUUAGCCUUAUGACUCAACUAAGUGCAAUGAAUAAUAACUUGAAAGCCCAAAAAAUCUAAAUUAUUUCGAUUAAGAGAAUAACCACAAGGACAUCUAGCAAUCAAUCUUCGACUUUGAAAGAUUUCACCACUAUCCAGCUAAUAUUGAAAUUUUAACUAGCAGCCACAAUAUCAGCUACCUAAUGUCGCCACGCAAUGUUUAAAUGCCACAAUAUAAUCUAUCAAAUAAUUAAGAUUUUAGUGGUCAAGGACUUUAGCAGUUAACAUUUAAUGCUGACAAGAUUACAUAUCAGGAUUUGGAUUUAUCUGAUCUCGACGAUGAUGACAAUAAGCAUACUCAAGUUGAUUACAUGUCAUAAUCACCCUCAAAUGAAAUUCUGACUAAGAUUUAGAAGAAGCAAUAAAAAGUUUAAGUAAAAGGAUCAAGUACACAGCAAGCAAGUCAGAGUGGAAAAAUACCUAAGAGAAAGAGAAUGGAAAAGUACUGCAGUAAAGAAUUAGAUUAGUAGAUUGCUUGUAUAGAUCCAUAGAUAUUAGUUUAAUAUAUAGACUUGAGAUACCAUGAAAUAUUUGAUUCUAGAAAUACUUUAAGAAUAGUUGAUAUGCUUAAAGAAUAACAUAUAUUGAAUGUCAAGCGAAGGGAUACAUGA